CGAGUCAGCGCGAUGGUGAAUUUCCGUUUCCGGUGAUUUUCAUGCAGACCUGAGUUGCGAUUGUGAUCCGAUUCAGUGCCUGGCUGUGGUUAGAGUUACUUGUUAUUGGUAAGUAGCCACUAUGGAGGCUAAGGAACAGAAGAAACACAGAAAGAAAAACAGUGGGCCCAAAGCUGAAAAGAAAAAGAAGCGGCAUCUGCAGGAUCUCCAGCUAGGAGACGAAGAAGAUGCCCAGAAGAGAAAUCCCAAAGCUUUUGCAGUUCAGUCUACUGUGCGGAUGGCUCUAUCCUUUCACAGAACUCAGGAUUUGAAGACAAAGAAGCAUCAUAUUCCAGUGGUGUAUCGAACUCCCCUAGAGCCCCCACCAAUAGUGGUGGUAGUGAUGGGGCCUCCAAAAGUUGGAAAGAGCACUUUGAUACAAUGCCUCAUUCGGAACUUCACCCGGCAGAAGUUGACGGAGAUCAGAGGCCUGGUGACAAUCGUGUCAGGUAAAAAGCGCAGACUCACCAUUAUUGAAUGUGGAUGUGACAUUAACAUGAUGAUUGAUCUGGCUAAAGUAGCAGAUCUGGUACUGAUGCUUAUAGAUGCCAGCUUUGGGUUUGAAAUGGAAAUGUUUGAGUUUCUAAACAUCUGUCAAGUACACGGUUUUCCUAAAAUUAUGGGAGUUCUCGCCCGCCUCGACUCCUUCAAGCAUAAUAAGUAGCUGAAGAAGACAAAGAAGCGAUUAAAACACAGGUUCUGGACAGAAGUUUACCCGGGUACAAAGCUGUUCUACCUUUCUGGAAUGGUACAUGGAGAAUAUCAAAACCAAGAAAUCCACAAUCUGGGCCGUUUUAUUACAGUUAUGAAGUUUAGGCCUCUCACAUGGCAAACUUCUCAUCCUUAUAUCCUGGGAAACAGGUUAGAAGAUUUGACAAAGCCAGAUAUCUGAACAAACAUCAAAUGUGACCAGAAGGUGUCACUUUAUGUAAGAGGAGCACACUUGAAAAAUAAAAACCAGACUCACAUGCCAGGCGUAGGAGAUUUCACCGUGAGUGACGUUAGUUUCCUCCCAGACCCUUGUGCUCUUCCUGCACAACAGAAGAAGCGCUGUUUAAGUGAGAAGGAUAAGCUGGUUUAUGCGCCUCUUUGUGGAGUUGGGGGUGUGCUGUAUGAUAAAGAUGCUGUCUGUGUUGACCUUGGUGGCAGCCACGGUUUUCAGGAUGAGGUGGCGUCCACCCAUGUUCUGGUCCAGAGUCUCAUCUCCACCCAUUCCACCAUUGAUGCCAAGAUGGCUUCAAGUUGAGUGAUGCUGUUUUCUGACUCCAAGACACUUGGGUCAGAGGAUAAAGAUAAUCAAGGGCUGUUGAUGCCAAAGGAGGAAAAACAAAUGGACUUGAAAACUGGUCGAAUUCGUCGGAAAGCCAUUUUUGGUGAUGAAGAUGGAUCUGGAGAUAGUGAUGAUAAAGAAGAUGAUGACAUGUCUGAAGAUGACGGGUUGAAAGACGGCUCUAGUGAUGAGGAAGCAGACGAGGAGGAAAAUGCUGAGGUGACUGCUAAGGACAUCAAACGACGGAAACUUGAGUUAGAAGACAGUGAAGCAGAUUUGCCAGCAUUUGCUGACAGAGAUGACCUUGAGAGGAGCUCAGCAGAAGAAGGGGAAGCGGAGGAAGCUGAUGAAAGCAGUGAAGAAGAGGACUGCACUGCAGGAGAGAGGGGCAUUUCAGGAUCAAAGGCUGCUGGAGAAGGUAGUAUAGCAGAGCUGUCGCCAGCUAAUCACCAGAGUGACCGUGUGAAUCUGGAGAAGUCUUUGCCGAUGAAGAAAGCAGCCCUCACCACUUCCGAUUCUGGGCAUUGCACAGCUGAAGAGGUGUUUGCAUCUGAUGAUGAAUCUGAAGAAAGUUCCUCGCUCAGUAUAGAGGAAGAGGACUCAGAAAAUCAAGAAGCUCUUAGGAAAAAGCUUUCGAAGCUUUCUCAGGUGGGCAGUGGUCAGAAACUGGGGUCAAGGAACUUAAUUGAUGAGACCAGUGAUAUAGAAGAUUUACUCAAAGAGGAAGAAGAUUACAAGGAAGAAAAGAAUGAUCCCACAGAAACCUCAGGUGCCCUCAAGUGGAAGGAAGGCCUUUCCAGAAAGGCAACUGAGGCCUUUCUGAGGCAGCAGCAAGAAGCUCCAAACCUCCAAAAGCUUAUUUAUGGGACAGUGACAGAAGAUAAUGAAGGAGAUGAUGAUACCCAAGAAGAGCUUGGAGGGUUAUUUCGUGUCAGCCAGCCUGACAGAGGGUGUAAGCACAAGGCUGACUCUUUGGACUGCUCCAGAUUUCUUGUGGGGGCGCCCCAUGACUGGAAUUUAGAGGCGGUCAUGAACAGUAUCAUAGAUUGCUUCGUGACUGGAAAGUGGGAAGACGAUAAACAUGCAGCCAAGGUCUUAGCAGAAGAUGGUAAGUACAUAAAGUGUAAAGUGUGUGUGUAUGUUUUUAUCUUGCUAUACCUGCAGGGAAUGUUUAAUUCUGCCUUGGAAGUGGCCACAUUUGAAGGUGCUAUGAUUCGAACUGUCAGUGGGAUAAGGGGGCAGAUCAAGAAAGCACUCCAGGCUCCAGAAGUAGCUUUCCGGGCCAGCUUUGAGGAUAAGCUGCUGCUGAGCGAUAUUGUGUUCAUGUGAACUUGGUAUACAGUUUUAGUCUCAGCCUUCUAUAACCCAGUAACAUCUUUGAUGAAACCAGUGGGUGAAAAAGACACCUGGUCAGGAAUGCAGACCACAGGUCAACUCAGGCUCACCCACAGCAUCAGACUAAAGGCGAACAAGGACUCUCUGUAUAAGCCAAUCCUGAGGCAAAAGAAACAUUUUAAUUCACCGCAUAUUCCAAAAGCCUUGCACAAGGCCCUGCCAUUUAAGAACAAGCCCAAGACCCAAGCAAAGGCAGGUAAGGUGCCGAAGGACAGGUGGAGACCAGCCAUCAUACGCGAGCCUCAUGAAAGAAAGAUCCUCACGCUGCUGGAUGCUCUGAGUACCGUGCAUAGUCAGAAGAUGAAGAAGGCCAAGGAGCAGCGGCACCUGCACAAUAAAGAGCACUUCAGAGCCAAGCAGAAGGAGGAAGAGGAGAAGCUGAAGCGGCAGAAGGACCUCAGGAAGAAGCUUUUCCGAAUUCAGGGGCAGAAGGAAAGAAGAAACCAGAAGUCCAGUUUGAAGGGGGCCGAGGGGCAACUGCAGUGAGCCUUUGGACUGGAGGGACUGUCCCUGGAUCUGCGGAGGUAGACAGUUUCAAACAUCACAGUUGGAAUGCUUGUGAAUGACAAGUCGAAGCAAGAGCCCAAGAGAUGUCUUUACCCAGGCUGUGCCUGUGAGAGGAGGAACAGAGAAGCCUGGGCUGCUGGGACCCCGGUUCAUUCUCAGCACCUGGGGCUGUCAAGAUUUAAAGUGAUAUAGCUGUGGUUAUGUGGAUUCUCCUACUUCCCUCUGCCUGCCUCAGUUUCAUUAUUUGUGCUAUAAAAAUAUCAUUAAAAUUUUUUUUUGUUAGUUGUGA